AUCUUUUUUUGACGUUUCUCUUUCUCAAUAAAAUGGCUUCUCGUGGGGGUGCUUCGAGGCGUGUUCCCGAAAAUGAUUCCACGAUUGCUUACGUGCAAGCUGAUGGCUUGGCCGUCAUGAAAAUCGUCAAACACUGCCAUGAAGAAUCCACAACCAACAUGGACAUAGCCCAGGGGGCUCUUCUCGGCCUCGUCGUAGAAAACCGGCUUGAAAUCACAAACUGCUUCCCUUUCCCCAAACAAAACGACGAAACCAUGGAUGAAGACGAAUAUCAAUUAGCGAUGAUGCGUCGCUUGAGACGCGUGAACGUCGACCAUUUCCACGUCGGUUGGUACCAGAGCGCCGACGUCGGUAACUUCCUCAGUUUACCCCUCCUAGAAUCCCAAUUCCACUAUCAAACAUCCAUUGAAGAAUCAGUCGUCGUGAUUUACGACACCCAGAAGUCAUCGCGCGGCUUCCUCACCCUUAAAGCAUACAGAUUGACCCCCCAAGCCAUCGAGAUGUACAAAGAGGGUGAAUUUACCCCCGAAGCUCUCCUCAAGCUGAAAGUAGGCUACGAGAAUCUCUUCACGGAAGUACCCUUCGUCAUUAAAAACUCGGCUCUAACGAAUAUAAUGAUGUCAGAGUUGGCAGAAAUGGUUCCUGAGGAGGAAGGCUCGAAGUUCUUGGAUUUGGGUACGGCGUCAGUAUUAGAGGGGCAGUUGCGGUGUUUGAUGGAUAGAGUGGAUGAGCUGAACCAGGAAGCGAUUAAGUUUAAUAGGUAUCAACAGUUGGUUAGUCGGCAGCAGCAGGAUAAGCACCGGUAUUUGCAAAAGAGGUCGCAGGAGAACGCGGCGAGGGCUGCGAAGGACGAGCCGCCGCUGCCUGAGGAGGAUAUUACUAAGUUGUUUAGGCCGCAUCCGGUGCCGCCUAGGUUGAAUCCGAUGAUUAUUGCUGGACAGAUUAAUACUUAUAGUCAGGCGAUUUCUCAACUGUGUUCGCAGUCUUUGGCCAAGUUGUAUAUCACGCAAGCUCUGCAAAAUGCGAAAGAGACCAACGCGAAUCCUUAAAUUAUUUUUAUGUUGUGUGUUUAGUUAAGGAAAUAAAACGCUCAACAUGGAUAUGGGCGUGUUUGUGGUCACCCCUUUUUUAUUGUGAACUAGUUAUUUGAAUUAUCUAUUAUAAGAAAAUUAUUGGAA